UGGUGCGAAAGAGUGGCCAGAAAUAUCUUUUGGGGAUCUCGAGUCCGAGUUUGGAUCCUGCGGGGCAUGUUUGUCACCGAACAGCCCUCGGUCGCCACCACAUCAGCUAUCCAUCUCCUUGAUGGAUGAUGCGGUGACCGACCGCUGUACAGAGGCAAUGCUAUAGAGCCAAUACCAUUGCUCUCAUCUCAUAUGAUAUUAUUGCAGCGAUGCUCGGACUUGAUCGCUGAAAGCCUGUGAGAGAAAUCAGAUCUAGCUAUCUCUUCCUUUCCUCCCAGUCCCGACUAGUCCAGGAAGAAUAUGGCGAUGGUAUUGAGCAUCUUCGUCUCUAGAAUUGGUGAACUACUAUUCGAUUUGGGGAAGGAAGAUGUGGAAAUGCUCUGUGGUGUGCCUGGCGAGAUCAAAAAGCUCCAGAACAAGCUCCAUAUGAUCAGCAAAGUCCUUGUCGAUGCCGAGAGGAGAAGGAUCAAUGAUGGGGCCAUUGAUGACUGGCUCAAGCAGCUCAAGGAUUUUAUGUACGAUGCCGAUGACAUCCUCGACCUCUGUCGCAUCGAGGCCAACAAGUGUAGCGAAGGAUCUUCCUCCACUAGUUCUUCGGUACGCUUCUCCUUUCCCUUUCUCUCUUGGAUCCGAAAGCCUCCAGUUGCUCAUGAGAUUGGAACGAAAAUUAGAGAACUCAAUCUGAAGCUUGAAGAGAUUUGGAAGUGGAGGUCCGAAUUCAAUCUCCAAAUCAGUUCCCCUGACAAGCAGGAAGUGACAUCUCAAAAAAGUCACAAAACAUCUCCUGUAGGUGAGAUUGAUAUUGUAGGAUCUGAAAUUGAAGAGCACACUCAGAGCUUGGUUGAUUCGCUAAUUAAGGAUGACAGACGGAGAAACAUUCUUAUUUUCGCGAUUGUGGGUGCGGGGGGGAUUGGUAAGACCACACUUGCUAAAAGGAUAUAUAAUGACCGGAGGAUUGUGGAGGGGUUCUCAGUGAAUAAGUGGGUGUGUGUAUCGCAAGACUUUGAUGACAUAAAUUUGCUGAAAGAUAUCUUGGACGGUGACAAGAAUGAUCGUGCCGGGGAUCAGAGUAAGUCCUCGCUUGAGCCCAAAGUCGAGACAAGUCUUAGGGACAAGAAGUUGUUUCUUGUUCUUGACGAUGUUUGGAGUGCAAAGGUUUGGUGUGACUUGUUAUGCAAUACGUUAAAAAGUUGCGCUGUUGGCAGUAGGAUCCUUGUCACUACAAGAAAUGAACAGAUCGCGAAGCAGAUGAGGGCAGUGAACACCCAUCACGUCAACAAGCUGUCUUUAGAGGAUAGUUGGUUAUUGCUUUGCAAGAAGGUGGUCCUGACCGGAGAGGAGGGAGAGAUCCAGCAUCUCAAGGACAUAGGGAUGGAGAUUGUUAAGAAAUGUGAUGGCCUUCCUCUAGCCAUUAAAGCGAUUGCAGGGUUGCUAUGCACGAAGGAGAUGACCCGGAGUGCUUGGAAUAGAGUUCUUGGGAGUACCGCAUGGUCCACAUCUGGGCUUCCCGAGGAGGUUAGGGGCGCAUUAUAUCUGAGUUACGAAGACCUACCAAGCUAUCUGAAGCAAUGUUUUAUGUACUGCUCAUUAUGUCCUGAAGACCAUCAAAUUUGGAUGGGUGCUAUUACUCGACUUUGGAUUGCUGAGGGAUUUGUGAGAGCUGAGGGGAGUUUGACGAUGGAAGAGAUAGCCGAAGAUUAUUACAGAGAGUUGAUUAUGCGAAAUCUUCUACAGCCAUAUAAUAGAUGGUCAUGCAAGAUGCAUGAUCUCCUGCACUGUCUUGGUAGGUAUCUGGCACAAGAUGAGAGCUCGAUUGUCAGGAAGGUGCACGACGUAGGCAGCAGUAACGAGUUGAUGAAGCUGCGCCGUGUAUUUCUGAGAGAUAAUGAAACAACGGAAAUCCCUGAUGUAUUCGUAAAACAGGAGUCGCUGAGGACUCUAAUGUGGCCAAGGAGCUUGAUGUCUGAGGCUCAGAUGGAUGUUGUUUGUAAUAAGCUUUCUCGUUUGAGAGUGCUGGAUAUGUCUUGCUCAAUAUUUCAAAGAUUGCCACAUUCUUUGGGUAACCUCAUACACCUGAGGUACCUAGAUAUCUCAGAUACCAACAUAAGCGUGAUACCGGAAACCAUAGAGAAUCUCAGAAAUCUACAGUUCUUGGAUAUCCGUCAGUGUGGGUACCUUUCUCGCCUUCCCAACGGUAUCGUGAAUUUACACAACCUAAGGAGUCUUAGAGUUGAUUUUACGCAGGUGGUUGGGAUGCCGGCAGGGCUGGGAAGGCUUCAAAAUCUUCAGACGCUGCAUGGAUUUAUGCUGCAGAGCAACCGGGCAGAGGGAUGGUGCACGAUUGAAGAAUUGAGAUCCCUCUCGUGUCUCACGGAUCUCUCAAUCGAAAAAUUGGAGUGUAUCUCCAGCGGCUCCGAGGCAAGAGCAGCCGAACUUGGAAACAAGCCCAAGCUUAGGACCCUCCGGCUACAAUGCACGCGAGACCUUCAACCCAGCGACGACCAGAUGAGGAGAAUCGAGGAGGUGUUUGAAGAGCUCCACCCUCCACCUUCCCUAGAAGAACUGCAGAUCGACAACUACUACGGCCGUGAGUUCCCAAAAUGGAUGGCAGUGACACCUUCAUCAGCAUCAAUUCUUUUUCCAAAUUUGAGGAAGUUGGUUCUACACAUUUGCAGGUACUGUGAGCGGCUUCCGCCUUGCGGACUGCUCCCCAAUCUAGAAGAUCUUGAGAUCGUUGAUGCUGCAUCAGUCAUAGACGUUGGACCUGAAUUUUUGGUCGGUACUAGUAGCACGAGUAGCGGCGGCGGCGGUGGCGGCGGCGGCAGAGCAGCAGUAGAUACAUCCAAGUAUGCAUUCCCUAGGCUGAAGUCACUAAACAUUUGGAAUAUGCGUAAUUGGCAGGAAUGGCAUUGGGACAAAACAACACAAGCAAUGCCAUGUCUAAAGCAUCUGUACCUUAUCAAUUGCCCCAAGUUGAUGUCUCUUCCCGAGGGUCUCCUGCUCCACGCAACCUCCUUGACAACAUUGAUAAUCCAGAUAGCCAGCAGCCUAACAGCAAUCGAGAACCUCCUUUCGCUCAAAGAAUUGUGUGUACUGUCAAAUCGCAACCUGAAGAAAGUUUCGAACCUCCCUGCGCUCACAACCCUCCAGGUGGAGUAUUGCCCGAAAUUGAAAGUUAUGGAGAAUCUUCAAUCCUUGAAAAGAAUGAACCUGAUCAAUGAUGACAUGAAAUCACUCCCAUCAUACUUACCGAAACGAGUGCAAAGAAGUACAAAGAAAAGGAAAAGUGUACGAGUAUCACAUCUAGAGAAGCUGGAGAUCCAGUGCAGCACGGAACUGAUAAGAAAGAUUUGCCAAAGGGCCAGCCCAGAGUGGCCAACAAUCCAAGACAUCCAGGUGGUGCAUGUAUACUCAAAGGAUAGGUCGGUACAUGCCUUGUAUAACAAGUCCCCCUUCAGCUUCACUACAAAUUUCAACGACACCACCACCAUCGGCAGUUCUGGGAUGCCCUCAAGUAGCAGUGGCAUUGCUUUCUGAUCCGUGCCUCCUCCAUACUUUCUUUGAACCAUGGUUACAGUUCUUUCCAGGCAGAAGUUGAUGGUUCAAAUGAAUACAACAAGUUUCUGCCAGGCUCCCUGAGCGCUAAUUACCAGCUAAUCAAGGACCCGAAUAACAUAGAUAUGGUUAUCCAUAUUGGAGAUAUAUGCUGUGCAAAUGGAUACAUAUCACAGUGGGUCAGUAUGCAUGACAAAUCGAACCCAUUGCUUCAGCUAUGCCUUGUAUGAUUGGAAGGUAGUCGACAGAUUAUGUAUGUUUCGUUUCUAUAUAGCUGACACCAUGCAUGACUAGAGACUGGGGACCGAGCAGUAUAAAUUCAUCGAGCACUUCCUACCAUCAGUUGAUAGACAAAAGCAGCUAUGGUCUGAUCUUCCUUUCUCAUUGGUUGGUUGGUUAUUCCUCUGGAGCAUACUAUGGUCUAGAAGGAUCCUUUGAGAAGCCAAUGGGAAGAGAUAGCCUUCAAGAGCUUUGGUAGAAGUACACAGUUGACGUUGCCUUCUGUGUUCAUGUCCACAACUAUGAACGAACAUGUCCAAUUUACCAGAAUACUUGUGUGUGCAACGCAUCGCACCAUUAUCGUGAUGCAUUUGCAGAAACCACCCAUGUAGUUGUUGGAGGUGGAGGUGCCAGCCUUUCCACUUUCUCUAAGGUUCAAACACUAAGGAGUUAUUUUCAAGAAUUUGGAUUUGUGAAACUCACUGCUUUCAACAAUUCUUCGUAGUUGUUUGAGUACAAGAAAAGCAGCGAUGGUGAUGCUGUCCACCGGAACCAUUUUGUUGGAUGAUGUACUAUCUCACUUAAGAAGGCAGUUUAACACUGAAGAUGGACUCAUGCGCAACUCCUAGACCACCACUCUAGUCUCCCAAUUUUCACUUUCUUAAUAUUCAAUGGCAACUAGCUUUGGUCGUUGAAAGAAGGAGAAACCAACAGUUGUCCAAAUUCCCAGACAGGCAUGCUGCAGAAGGAUGCACAUGGCAUGUGCAUGGCAUCAAACCUCCCCCAGGUCAGCAUAUUUAGAAUAAGGACCUUGACACAGCACAUCUGUGUAAGAUCAGAAGAUGCUAGCCACCAACAGGCAACCGCAAAGUGGAUUGCCAAUUGCAUGGAAGACAAGCUUUGGCAAAAUCAACACUAUAAGCCGAGGGCAAUUUUGAAUAACAUACUCCUUGAAUAUGGGGUUCUUAUUGCAUCAAAGCAGGCUUUCCUUGACAGCGAGAAGGCAUUGGAAGAGCUACAUGCAUUAUGGUUCCCAUAGAGAGAAGUUAUGAGCCUAUCAUGGAGAACAAUCCAGAAGUUCAAAUAUGGGGUGAGAUACAAGAUCCCCCAAAAAUGAAACAGGCUUAUAGGCCCCAUCAACCCAAAGAAGUUUGGUCUUUGCACUGUACUAGGUAUAACUAGACCGGGCAUAACAGGAGGACUUGUACGAUAGCUGAGUCAAUGCAAGAUGGAGUCAGCAAGAGCAUAUGUAUCGUCAAGUUUCAGUAGAGUCAUGACAUGGAGAUGUUCUGUGAGCCUCAGUGUUCAUAUUGUGAUGUGUAAAUUAUUCAUGUUUCCAUAAAGCUACCGAUGAGUGGUCUUUAUAAGCAUUCUUUGAGGUGGAGACGUCAGCUUAUGUUCAUUCUGUCCCCACGCUUUUCAAGAUAAUUGAAUAGUCUCACUAACAACCGUUUGCAUAGUUGUUUGGUGCCUCACCUAGUCUAGGCUUGAAGUCCUGGGUAUUGUUCAAAAAGGAUAAUUGAAUAGCCUUGGUAACCAUACCAUAUGGCCUGUGUUCAAUUAGAAACAGACAAAUGGAAGAAUCUUCUGCAAUUGUUGUAGUUUGCUGUAAACUUUCAACCUUUCUGUCAGUUGGAAAAUGGAUUCAAGGCUUUGAGGAAAACUCAGCUUAUCAAAGCUUUUCUGUAAA